CAACGUUAAUUUGUCAAUUAAACAACAAUUUAGUUGAUUGUUUCAAAUUGUUCUUUUAAUCCUCCUCUACCCCUCAUCUGUUACCUUUAUACUUCUCCUCUGCCCUGGUCUCUGUUACACAGUAGCAACUAAGCCAUGUUAUCCUGUAAUUGCUCUUCUAUGGCUCAAAUGUCACCGGAAAACAUUUGUAGGAUUUGCCAACGAGGAACACCUCAGAAAGGGUUAAUUGAACCUUGUAAUUGUAAUGGUACAAUUGGUGGUGUCCACAAGAGCUGUUUGGAAAGAUGGUUGACCAUUUCAAGGCUUAACAAGUGUGAAUUAUGUGGUGUCUCAAUUCCAUGUCUUCAGGUUACACCAACAUUUCGUGAUUAUGUUCGCACCUUUCCUCGACCUUUAGUUGGUGACCUGUUACUUUUUACCUUUCUCACACCAAUAGCAACCCUGUUGACUUUACUCUGUUUCCAAGGAGCAAUGAUACAAAUUAAAUGGCAAAAUUUAACAGAAUCUUCUUUCCUUCUUGCAUUUGGUGCUAUCCUGUUGACCUUUUACUUUGGUUGGGUGUAUUGGUCAAUCAAGAAUAAUUAUCAAAUAUUUCUAGAAUGGAGAGUAUCAAAUACUAAUUUAAAAAUUGAUUGGCCACGUAGGAGAAGGAGAGUAAAAAGAGAACCAACAAUUAACAGUAUCGAAAAAGCCGUUCUAGAUGAAGAGGAAGAAGAUGAUGAUGAUGAUGACCCAGAGCAAUCAUUAAGCUUAUUGUGAUUUAAUCCCAAUCAUUAGCCAGUUAAAUCAUUGAUCAACUAAUCACAUCUAUAAAACUCAAACUGUUUUUAAUUACAACUAAUCAAAUUUUUACCUUUUCUCUCACCCUUUUUAGAUUCAUCAUUAUUUUUAUACAUACACACACACACACAUAAAUAUAAUUAUCAAUCACAGAAGCAAAAAGAUCUACUUUCAAAUCAAAAUAUUCAUAUUGUAUUAUAAUUACACUAAUUGUUAUCCAAGAAAACAAAAAAAAACCGUUACAAACUGACCAACAAUCAAGGUAACAAUCAAAAAAUUGAUAAUAAAUCAAAUUUUAACAUCAAUCCAAUAAAACGGGAAAAAAAACAAACAAAAGCCCAAAAAAAGCCAUAAAUUACUUGAAACAAUCAAUGAUUAAUUAAUCAAGUAAAUGAUUCUCAUACAUAAACAUGAAGAGAGAUAAUUAAUUAAUCACCUCGAAGUGAAAUAAAAUGAUUACAAUACAAUUAA